AUGCAGAAGCUCCGUAGAGAUUUUGAAGUCUUAGAGAUGAAGACAAAUGAAACCAUACUUGAAUACUUUGGUAGGGUUUUAACAAUCUCUAAUCAGAUGAGAAGCAAUGGAGAAGAAAUGAAUGAUGUCAAGAUUGUAGAGAAAAUCCUUCGAACCCUAACUGAAAAAUACAUGUUGGUGGUGGUGUCUAUUGAAGAAUCAAAGGACAUUGAACAGAUGUCUAUAAAAGAAUUGCAGAGCUCUUUAAUCGUCCAUGAGAAAAAGUUCAAGAAGAAUGAAAGGGAAGAAGAACACGCACUAAAGGCUGAUACAGGGAGCAGUCCUAACUCUAAAGGAUGUGGAAGAGGGCAUUAUUCUUAUGAAUGCCCUAAUUCAAAGGAGGCAAACUAUGCAGGGUUUGAAGAAAAUGAGGAAGUCAUGCUUAUGAUUGAAGGAAGUGAAGAAGAACAGGAUGUGCUCAUGGUGAAAUCAAAUGAUGAAAAUAGAGGACUGUUGUGGUUCUUAUAUUUUGGAUGUUCAAAUCACAUGUGUGGAAACAAAGAAAGGUUUGUAGGUUUUGACCAAGGCUUCUCAAACACUGUAAAGCUAGGCAACAACGCUCGGAUGACUGUGGAAGGAAAGGGAGAUGUAAAGAUUGUGUUGAAUGGUGCAACCUAUGUGAUAAAGGAUGUGUACUAUGUUCCAGAUCUAAAGAACUCCUCAACAUUGGGCAAUUGCAACAAAAGGGUCUGUCCUUUCUUUUUCAAUCUGAUGUAUGUAAGGUAUUUCAUCCAGAUAAAGGCUUGA